GGUGAAGCGCGCGACAGGCUGGAACAGUUUUUAGCGCCGCCUGUCUAGAUACCCAAAUAACCCUCUCAGAAAAGACCCUGAUAUCAGAGCCGCUCCGCCCCUAGGUUUCUUCUGGUCCUACUCGCUUCCAAACCUGAGCCUACCACUCAGACUCAGUCAUUGUUUGUGAGCAACUAAUCCAUCAACAUGGCGACAUCAUCAGCUACGGAUGCAAACGAUGACCCUAACGUUGGCAGCGCGCAGAACGUGUCGUCUUCUGCUACAGGUCUUCUUUCUACCCUCGCCCCUGUCGCCUUGGUCGCAUUGGUGUGGUUCACAUUAUUCUUAAUCUUCAGAAGGUGGUUCCCAAGAAACUAUCGCCCAAGAACUUUCUUGGGAAGCAUUCAAGAGCGCGAAAGAUCACCCAAACUACCAGACGGAUUGUUCGGCUGGUUCAGCAGCUUCUUCAGCAUUUCUGACAGCUAUGUCCUGAACCAUCAUUCGCUCGAUGGCUACCUUUUCCUGCGUCUGCUGAAGAUGGCAGUCAUCACUUGUCUGGUUGGUUGUUGUAUCACCUUUCCGGUCCUGUUCCCAAUCAACAUCACCGGGGGUGGUGGUAAGUCCCAACUCGACAUUCUGACUCUUGGAAAUGUGACAAACAACUACUAUAAGAUGUUUGCGCACACUGGCUGUGCCUAUCUCUUCUUCGGCUUCGUCAUCUACAUGAUCACUCGAGAGAGCAUCUACUACAUCAAUCUGCGCCAGGCUUACCUGCUCUCGCCUUAUUAUGCUAGUCGCCUCUCCUCACGCACCGUACUAUUCACCUCCGUACCAGAUGAAUACCUGAACGAAACAAACCUACGCCGCAUGCUUGGAGAAUCUGUCGAAAGAGUUUGGAUCCCUACCGAUACCAGUGAUCUUGAAGAUGAGGUCAAGGAGCGUGACAAGACCUCACUCAAGCUCGAAGCUGCUGAAACUAAGCUGAUCAAGGCCGCCAACGCUGCUCGUCUGAAGGCAAGCAAGAAGAAGGCGAAGAAAGAUAACGAGGACAUUGCUCUGGAGGAAUUGACACCAGAUGUAGAGGGAGGUUCUGCAUCGUCUCGCUAUGUUUCUGCAAAGGACAGACCGACUCAUCGCCUGAAGCCCUUGAUAGGCAAGAAGGUCGACACUAUUGAUUGGUGCCGUGCGGAGCUGGAGAAGAGGAUUCCUAAGGUUCAAGAAAUGCAAAACAAGCACAGAGCACUGGACGGCAUCAAGAAGAUCAACGCUGUGUUCGUGCAGUUUUCAACGUUGCAAGGGGCCCAAUCUGCUUAUCAGAGCUUAACACAUCACCAAGUUCUUCACAUGGCCCCCAGAUACACUGGAAUGACUCCAGGUGAAAUUAUCUGGAGUAACCUUCGCAUCAAGUGGUGGGAGCGAGUGAUUAGAGUGACUGCGACUGUAUCAUUCGUCGUCGCUUUGAUUGUCUUCUGGUCCUUUCCUGUCGCUGCAGUCGGUUUCAUCUCGAAUUUGGACAACUUGAAAGAUUGGAACAGUGGCAGUCCUCCGACCACUUUCAAGGAAGGCUUUACUUGGUUAAACUGGCUUCUCGCCUUACCACACACUAUCUUUGGCGUUGUCUCUGGUCUCCUGCCUACUGUGGCUCUUGCUAUCCUGAUGUCGGUGUUACCCAUCAUUCUCCGUCUGAUGGCUAGACUUGGAGGUGACCCUUCUCUUUCAGCCAUCGAACUGACCGUCCAGAACACGUACUUCGGCUUCCAGAUUGUUCAAGUCUUCUUGGUUGCUACUCUUGGUUCUGCUGCAUCUUCGGCUCUCGGAUCGAUUCUUCCCAAUCACAUCGAUCAGAUUCCCAGUCUUCUGGCCUCAUCGAUCCCUAAAGCAUCCAACUUCUAUCUUUCCUAUUUUGUCCUCCAAGGUUUAGGUGUGGUCUCAGGAACACUGCUCAACUUGAGCGGCCUUGUUCUUUUCAUCGUCCUUGGAAAGUUCUUGGACAACACACCUCGUAAGAUGUACAAGCGAUGGACAUCCCUCUCCUCUAUGUCUUGGGGAACCGUGUUCCCUCCGUACACCAACCUUUUCGUGAUCGCGAUCUGUUAUGCGAUCAUCGCCCCAUUGGUGCUUCUUUUUGCAGCCAUCGGUCUCUAUCUGUUCUACCUGGCCUAUCGUUACAACUUGUUGUACGUGUCAAAUGCGAAUAUUGAUACCAAAGGUCGCGUAUAUCCUCGCGCCUUGCAGCAAGUCUUUGUAGGCCUCUACAUUGCGGAAGGUUGUCUGAUUGGAUUGUUCGCCAUCGCUACAGGAUCUUCGGUCGGAGCGUUAGGUCCCUUGAUCUUGAUGAUCAUCUUCAUGGUCUUCACAGCUCUCUACCAUCUGUCCCUCAAUGCUGCGCUUGAGCCUCUGAUCAAUUAUCUGCCCAAAAGCCUAGAAGCCGAGGAGCGUCGUCUGUUGGACGAGGACACCGAAGCUGAAAGAGGAGAAAAAGGCAUGACCGCUACCAACAACACUGAGCUUGGUCCAUCGCCUCACACCAAGCCCACUUUCUGGCAAAAGUUCCUUCGUCCCGACAUCUACACCGAUUACGCGACUAUGCGUCGUUUGGUGCCAAAGAUGAUCAAUAUCAGAUACGAGGACGAGGAGGAGCAACAUGCCUAUUACAACCCAGCAGUCACCGCCGGCCCACAACUUUUGUGGAUUCCACGCGACCCCAUGGGCGUGAGUAGACAGGAGGUUAGAGAAACAAGCAAGGUCAUACCAAUCACAGACGAGGGUGCUUCUCUCGAUGAGAAGAACAAGAUUGUAUGGGACGCCGAGGAUGGUCGCCCGCCUAUAUGGCAAGCCCCAGUCUACUACUGAGGUUUAAGCCUGCUGCCAGACUCUGGGAAUGCCAUACAACGCGAAGCAAGACUGGACCAAACGAAGUCUUAUUAUACUCACACGCCUAUUCAUGAUUGACCAUAUACCUAUCUUACGUCCAAGCAAUGGAGUGGACAAUGUUACUACGUACGAGAUAUUGAUAAAGCGACAUAGCACAUGCAAUCAAAAUGCCAUUGACGUUGAAAGAGAUCAGUCCUACCGUUUGAGAUUGAUGACUCGUUUCAGGCUUGACGCUCUUGUGACCCGUGACCCAUAAGUUAGCUUGUUAUCGAUCAACCCGUGCAUACAGUUUGUGUCGCUGCACACUUGUCCACUCAAUGGCUUGUCAAAGUUUAGUCCUUACUCC